AUGACGAAGAUACUUGCCGUUAGGUUGAGGGAUGUUCUUUCGAGGUUGAUUAGCCCGGAGCAGCAGGCUUUUUUGGGUGGGCGGAGCAUUACAGACAAUGUACUUAUCGCCCAAGAGUUUAUAUUUGACCUUCGCAGGGCCCCGAUGAGGAGGAGCUUGAUGGGAAUCAAGCUUGAUAUGGAGAGGACCUACGAUAGAAUGAGAUGGAAUUUUGUACAGCAAUCCUUGCAAGGGUUUGGCUUUCCCGGGAGGUGGAUCAGUUGGAUUAUGGGCUGUGUGCGGGGUCCCUCUUUCGCCAUUUUGAUGAACGGCACGCCAUCCCAUUUUUUUGAGUCUACUGGAGGGUUGCACCAGGGAUGUCCCCUCUCCCUUCUCCUCUUCAUUAUUUGUGCGGACGCGCUCUCGAGAGCACUUCGGCAUACUGUGUCCAUGCAGGAGUUGGAGGUCUAUAGGCCAGUGGUGAGGGCUACGCCGAUCUCCCACAUGCUUUUCGCUGAUGAUUGCUUAUCGCUAGCCCACUCGACUCAGCAAGCCGCGCGGGUUAUCUGUAGGAUCCUCCAAGACUACUGUGCAGUGUCAGAUCAGUGUGUCAAUAUGUCUAAAUCAGCUUUAUGUUUCAGCCGGAAAACUAGGUUGGCAGUGAAGAAUUCUAUUCUGAAGAUUUUGGGGGAGGACAAGCAGGUGGGCACAUUGAGGUAUCUGGGGAUCCCGAUCUCUAAUUAG